AUGUCCAACAUCAAGGAAUACUAUCUCCUCCCCACAGAUCUCGUUCCAAACUCACCAAGACCACUUCUGCACUAUAAGAAUGCGUUACCUAAACGACCAGGUACCACGCAUUGCGACCCCGCUCAAGUUUGGGAAACGUUCACCAAGAACGGAUGGGACGUGGAAUGGAUCUUUCGAUAUCCCCAGACUCAAUUAUCCCACUUUCAUUCAGAGGCGCAUGAGUGCAUGGCAGUCCUUUCAGGAACUGCAACUAUUCGCUUCGGAGUAGGAGAUACAUCAGACGACCUUCAAGAAAACACCUACGGCGCAGCGUGGGAGAAUGGCGGCAUUGAGCUUCAAGCUGAAGCGGGAGAUGUCUUUGUCAUUCCAGCAGGCGUGGCACACAAAACACACGACACCAAACCCGAAGCAGAGUUCAAGCUCCUGUCACCCGGUGUUGGACACGGCAUCGAAGCUGAUGACCCACGACAGGCCCUGAGAGAGGUUGAAUUGUCUGGAUAUACCAUGAUGGGAGCUUACAAUGGCGGUAACUGGGAUUUUGUCAAGCGUGGUGGCGACUAUGGCAAGUCGUGGAGGGUUCGAAAGCCCAAGUGUGACCCUGUGUUUGGCCAGGAUGGUGGCCUUGUGAAGAGUUGGCCUGGGGAUGACAAGGAUGCUGAUUUGGAAAUUGUUCAAGUAGAGAACAGGGAGCAUCAGAGAAAGAGCUCCAAGCUCUAG